AUGGCAUCCGUACGAGCCUUCCGCCCACUUCUUCGAACAACCCCACGCCUGGCAACCAUCACACCACCCACCAAGCGCUUCCUCAAUGCCGCCAGCGCUCCCGCCCUCGCAACCUCCCACGCAAAAGCCACCGGCGGCCGCCAAGGCAAAGUGCACUCGGACCACUUCGACCUCGAGCUCGGCAUGCCCAAAUCCCUCGGCGGCGACGGCGCGAAAACCAACCCCGAAGAACUCUUCGCCGCCGGCUACGGCGCCUGCUUCCAAGGCGCCAUGGGCGCCACCGCACCCACCCUCGGCAUCAAGCUGCCCUCCAAGCCAGAAGACUGCGUCGUCGACUGCACGGCACACCUGAUUGGGGAUCUGAAGCAGUUGGAUUUGGGGAUUCGGGUGGAUAUGCAUGUUUGGGCCAAGGGGAUGAAGAAGGAGGAUUUGCAGAAGUUGGUGGAUCGGACGAAGGAGGUUUGUCCGUAUUCGGUGGCUACGAAGGGGAAUGUUGUGACAAACGUUUCGGUGGAGGUUGCGUAG